AUGGCCAGUGUUGCCAACCAUCAGCCGGCAGGAUCCAACCACAGCCACCACCCACACACACACAGCAUCCAGCUGCUGCACAAUGCAACGGCUGGCGGGCUGCCUCACGGGCUCGGCCUGCUGACCACAGUGGCCUCGCUGCCGCCCAAGUAUCGCAGCCGUUAUCUGAACAUUAAAACCAAGUGUGAAAUUCCAUUGGAUCUGUCUGUGAAACCGCUGUCGCCAGUGCCAAGCGUCGAUGUGCCAAUGGCGACCACAUUUGCUGAGGUUCCCAGCGGACCAACAGAAGCGGCAUCUGCAGCUACAGAUGAGCUGCCACAGGAGGUGGAGCUCACCCAGGAGGUGGCACAUGAGGUGGUCGUCAUUACAGAGAAGGCCAUAACACCGCCACAAAGUCCAGUUGUAGUUGAAAUUCCAGUGGCUUCACUAAAGCGCAAGUUGAGCGAACAAAGCGAAUGUCUGCCCGCUGCCAAAUUGGCCAAAUCAGAUGUGAGUCCCGUAGCAGCCGUUGAUGCCACCCCCGCCAAACCCAUUAAAGUCUCUGACACGGCGCCGCGCACCACUAAAGCAUCCACCUCAAGUGGUAAAUCGACGCGCAAUAAGGCAACGCGCAAAUUAAAGUUUGACGAGGAGACAAGCUCGCCCGUUUCAGGGACCAUAAUCAGGCCACUCGAAGACAUCACCGAUGGCACAAUGCAGUACAGCAAUGGCGACAUCGAUCCCAAGUACAACAUCGUCGAGAUUACCGAAGAAACCAAGGCGGAACUGGCUGCCAUUAAGAAUGUAAUUGGUGACUAUGUGUGCCGGUUGUGUCGCAUCAAGUUUGACGAUGCCUUUGGCCUGGCGCGCCAUCGCUGCGCCUGCAUUGUGCUGCUUGAGUACCGCUGCCCCGAGUGUGGCAAGCAGUUCAAUUGCCCCGCCAAUCUGGCUUCGCAUCGCCGCUGGCACAAGCCCAAGAAGGAGGCGGUCACUUCCAAAAAGGAGAAUCGCAACACCAGCAAUCAGGAGGAGCAGCAACAACAAGCCACCGGCAAGAAGCCAGCCGAGGAGCUUGCCUUUGAUUGCGGCGAGUGCGGCAAGAAGUUCAAGCGGGCUGCCUAUUUGCGCAAGCAUCAGCUGACGCAUGCCAAGAAGGCACAGACGCAGGUGGCUGAGCCGGAUUCUGAGCCGGAGAGACAACCGGAGGCAACCACCACGAUAACUGGCAGCUUCCAGACGACGGUCUACAAAUCGAAUAGCUCCAGCUCGGCGAGCAGCUCGCAUUCCUACACGGGCACACACGAGGACGAGGGCGUUUAUGUGGCUGGAGCAGCGAGCAGCAGCCACUAUGAUUAUGAGGGCGAUUACAUGUCCGACUGCAGCUCCUCUACCUCCUCCGCAGGUUAUGGUCGACUCCAGAUUGUGGAGCACGGCCUGACUGAGGAGGAGAGCAUUGCGGCUGCUGCGCUGACAAAUCUGCGUAACUGCGCCUCAGUCAUCCAGCACACGACGAUGGCGCACUGA